AUGAAGCAAAUUAGUGGAAAGCUUGUCAAUGUUGAAGUAAUCGUUAAGCAAUGUAAAGCAAUUAUAGGGCUUUAUUGGCCACACGACGAUUCCAAGCACGUGCAAUCAACAAAGCUAUCAUCCCAGACAAUACACCGAUUCCGGCUUUUUCGAUAUGUUCUUUUCGCUUCUAUCUUCCUUUUGAACUCAGUCGAAAGUAAGAAAGAAAAUUCGGGUUUCAAAAUACCGACAACCUCAUCACGCUCUGCUGCUAACGUACUCGUCUCUCUCUCCAUUGAAGACGGGAGACUCGAAGCUAUUCAUCUAGUCUCCAUAGGGCUCAGGUCUGUUUGUACACUAGAUUUUACAUAA